AUGGAGACAAAUUUUGACGUCAAGACCUUCAUCCUAGCACUAGUGUGCAUCCUCAUAGGCUUCAUAGUCGGAAACUUAAGAGGCCGUCAGAACGGAGGAGGCUACCAACCGGUGAAUCCAGCAGAUAUAGUAGACUUUGACGAUGAAGAAGAACCGAAAAAGGGUGUAGAUGGUCUGAAGAUGGUACUAGUUAUCAGAAAGGAUCUAAACAUGACAAAAGGCAAAAUCGCUGCUCAGGUUGGACAUGCUACCCUUGCAAACUACAAGGCUAGUCAAGUUGCGAGUCGAGAUUAUUUACGGCGCUGGGAAAUGCAAGGCCAAGCAAAAGUAUGUCUCAAGGUUGACGACGAAAAGGAAUUGGUGAAUAUUAUGAACGCUGCAUUGUCAAAGAAUCUGGUCGCCAGAGUUGUGAGAGAUGCCGGACGUACUCAGAUAGCAGCUGGAUCCAGGACUGUGUUAGCUAUUGGACCAGCUCCCAUCUCCAAGACGAAAUUCAUAGCCAGAGGACCAUCACACCAAGCACGUGCCUUCUACCGUAACGAAGACUUUAUGCCCUUAAUCUCACUAAACCCAUCUGGCGACGUCGCAGUCGCAUACGGCAAAGAAAUCGAUAUAUACUCGCUCUCAGUAGCUCAGGGAAACCGUAAAUGGUGUGGCCGAAUGAGCAUACAUAAAGACGAUCUAGAUGUGACGAGCAUGUCGGUCUCCAAGACCGCUGUUUAUACAGGUGACGAGACAGGACGGCUAGAACGAUACGACCUGAAAUACCAGUCGCCGAAUGAAGCUGUAUUGUUUGCUACUCCAGCUUGGAGUAUCCUCACGAAUCAUGAAACCGGCAAACACCGGAUUACAGGCAUCCUGCAGCAUCGAGAUAGACUAGUUACCACCGGUGUGGACCCAAAAAUACGAGUAUAUAAUCCAUCCGAUGGAAGUGAGGUCGACGCCCUACAAGUCAGAACCCCAGAACACAAGGACCGGUUCACAUCCCUCACGACAGUCCCACACACUAACUAUAUAGCAGUAGGCAGCACGCAGUGGAAAGCAAACUCGUCCAAUAGCCCACUUCGAUUACUUACAGUCACGCCAAGUGGACUAUGCCUCGACAAGGAGCUCUUUAGUCACAGAACCAGCGUAUUCGGCCUAUCACCCGCAGGGUCUCAUAUGUUUGCCUCCGCCUCAUUUGACGGGACUGCCAAACUAUGGGACGUACGAUCGCCAGAUCCGUGUAUUAAAACAAUUGAAGACGCGGAUGAUUAUGCCUUGUUUUGUAUUUCGGUGGAUGCAGGUGGGAGGCGACUAGUGUUUGGGACGUCGCAUUACGGGGUUAUUAGAUUGUUUGAUAUGCGAUAUUUGCCAGAGAGUGGCAAUAGAGUUACGAGGGGUGCUAGGAGUGUGUUUAUUGGUGGGAAGAGGGCAAGAAGUCCAGUGUAUUCUGUGCAAGCUACGGAUGCUCAUGUGUAUGCUGCGUAUGCAAACGAACUGAUUAUGGUGGCUUGGGAUGGUCAUCCUGCCUGUCAACUUGGGCCAGAAACGUAG